AUGUAUCAGUUGAAUGCAGAGGAAAAGGCCAACAACAUAUCCAUUUUGGUGUCUAUUUCUGCACCGUGCGUUGAGCAGCUGAAUAAGCUUUUUUCCAUCCCUGCAGAGAUGAAAAAGUUUUAUCCGCACGCCAGCGACAUUUCACUGGACCCGAUAAGCUUUUCGUUGUCUUUAAAUUUUGAGCUCGAUCUGGAUGCCGACAAUGCUAAGGCUAUUGAGAACAUAUCUUUAUUGAAAAGAAAUCUGUUUUCCAUCCCCUUUUACCAUGCGAUCUCAUUGCAAGAGUCUGAUUGCCAGAACAGCCAAAAGCCAUUUAUGUUUGCAUAUCGUCCAGACGAAUAUGUUUUUAUCAAGCCAUAUUCUGAUCGAAUUGUUGCAAUCUUCCAGCUGAGGUUUAAGGGAAACGACGAUACCAUUAUCGCAAAAGUUUUCAUCCAAUUGCCCCAUUUGCAAAACUCGCCUCAAAUCAUUUUCUCCAAAUCAGCUCCCUCUGAGCUGGAUAACCUGGAUCCUCUGCCUUUGCAAGAAUGUUCCUCUGAACAAAAUGGUUACAUUUCGAUAGUUUUAUUUCCCCGCCAUUACACGAGCGGAGAGCGUAGAGAAAAUGCGCUUUCCCUGAUACAGACCUUUAGAAAUUAUUUUCACUACCACAUCAAGGCAUUAAAGGCCUCCAUUCAUACAAGAGAGAGGGCAAGGGUUGGCGAUUUCAUCCAGGUGCUAAAUAGAGCCAAGAUCGAGCCGGUUGAAAAGAAAUUGACCACCAUGACGGGAAGGACGUUUGUCAAGUCAUCCAAAUGA